UCUCUCCAAAGGCAUUCCCCCCCCCCCCCUCUCUCUCUCUCUCUCUCUCUCUCUCACACACACACACACACACAAACACUCACUGAUGAGUUCACUUUUGUUAUGUGUUUGAUUAUUAGUAUUCAUUGUGUUUCCCCCUUUUACUCACACCCACAUCUAAUUUACCUACAUUGUGAUUGCACUUGAAGAUCUUUAUGAAGUGAGUGAAAAUGUGUUUUGGGAGACUUAGGGUUUACUCUUUAAGAUCUGGUGGGGUACUGCCAGAUCUCCAAACAAUCAUUGCUGCUUAAGUUGCCUUCAAAUGCAAGAGUAUAUUGCAGAUCUGUAGAUGGGUCAAGAUUUGAAUUUAAAUUUGGAAUUUGAGAAGUAUUGUGUGGUAGAUGGAAGCCCUAAAACGGUUCUUCGAUCGCCUCGGCAUUCGAAUAUCGAAAAGAAAAAGGUUAGAAAGAUACCCAAGUCCCGAAACGACGUGUUCUUGAGUCAAAAUGAAGAAUUUACGGAAAUCAGCUUCAAUCGUUAUCGUAGUGCUUCGUGUCGGUCUGCUCCAUCGAUUAAGUUAGCAGCGAAUGAAGCACCGAGAAGGGGUUCGGUGUAUCAAAGCUCGAAAGAAUUAGGUAGAAUGAGCAGAAUUAAAGAAAAUGAAACUGAAGGUAGGAAAAAGAUUGCGGUUUCGAGAAAAAAACCAGCUCCGUUUUCGCUUGAGAUAGUCGAGUCGUUGUGUAGUUCGGAUGAAGAUAAUAGCUCGUUAGUUUCGUUUGCAAGUUCGAUCAAGAAGGAGAAUCUUUCAAGUAAAAUCCCUUUGAACAAAUCUUUAUCUGCUAAAUUAGAAAUGCCUCAUUCGCCAGCCAAAACCGAAAGGUCCGAAAGCGAAUCAUCCAAAUGCACAAGUCCCAAAACUCGUUUUAGUCCUUUUCGAAAAAUGUUUGACCCGUUCACAAAGUCAAAGUCGCAUAAAAGUCCUUUGGGCUCUGCCGUUGAAGAACCUAACGUACCAACAUCGGUUAACAAACGGAAUGUUACUUUACGAAAGUCGUUGCUAAAUGAUUUCUCUAACACCGAAGGUGAUUCUCGUGACUCUCAGUCGCUGAAGAAAGAUUCUUGUAGUUCGAUCGCGUCGUCAUCUUCUUCGCCAGCUCACCUAAGCGGGUCCCUAAAGCUGAGGAACAAAAACGGGGUACCGUAUUUUGAAUUUUCGGUUAGAAAUCCACAUGAUGUUUGGGUGGCAAAGAAAUGGAACACGGGUGACGGUUUCAAUUGGGUGUAUACGUUUCACAUGGCUCAAAACAGACGAAAAAGUAACGUUAGCGGUCGAGGAUCUAAAGAUCAUAGAAGUAAAGAGUUUCAAAUGUUGGCCCAAAUGCAGGUGUCUUGUUAUUUAUGUACAGAAAUUAUAAAUUCGGAAGCGUUUAACAACUCUAUGCUCACAGAGUUUGUGUUAUACGAUCUUUUACGCCAAAGACAAUCUGUUACACAAGAAGAGUCAAAUGAGGUUGUUGAUCAAGCAAAAGUCAACGGUCAAAGUAAUACGCCCAUUUCAAAUCCAUGGCCCGUUGCAGAUUUACAUCCGGACCUUGAAUCUGCAGCCAUUGUGUUACAGGAGAGAAAAACCGACUCGGGUCAUCUAACCCCGACUGAAGUUAGCGUCGUGAUCCCUUCGGGUAACCAUGGGUUGCCGAGUGAUGAAAGUCAAAGGGUCAAACCGUUGCUUGACAGGUGGAGAUUAGGCGGUGGUUGCGAUUGUGGCGGGUGGGAUAUGGGUUGUCCGCUCGUUGUUUUCGGCAAACGAGAUGAAUCCGGGAACAAGAACCAUGUGGAAAUUUUCUUGAAGGGAACGAAAGAGAAUACACCAGCGUUGACCAUGAAGUUGACCGAGGAGGGGCAGUAUGCGGUUGAUUUUCAUGCGAAACUAAGCUCACUACAAGCGUUUUCCAUAUGUGUUGCUAUAUUGCAUGGUACGGAAGCCUCAAUUGCCAUCGGUGGUGAAGUGAAUAAUAGACAGGUGUUGCAAUGUGAUUCCUUACGAGUUUUCAUUGAGGAUGAAGUCAAACACUUGAUUGAGGCUGUGGCCGAGGGUGAGAAAAUACGAUCAAGUAAGAAUGUUGAUGAAAUCCCGCCUACUUUUGUAGUUAACCCACCGUUUUCUCCAAUGUCACGCGCAUGAAUCCCUCCCUAAAAUGGGAGCUCAUUUGUUGUUUGGUAGCUUGAUAGAGAAGAGGUUGACUUUUCACUUUUUAGACCAUUGUGUUUGACUUCUUGUAGCAAAUAAAAUAAACCAUGGUUCUUGUGAAAAUGCAAAAGAGGAAGAACUACACCUUUCGGUUCUUCCAACCUAUGGUGUUCUUUCUAGUAUUUUCAGUUCACAAGAAAUGCAGUUUAAUUUAUCUUGACCAAAAAGUCAAACCUAUGCUGCAAGAUUUUGGGAGGUCAAAAUGAAGAGAAAUCAGAUGUUUGGUAUACGUCUUUUCUUCGAUGGUUUUAGUAUGUUAGGUUCAAUUCGGGGGCGCGGAAGAGGGCAAAUUGUUUAUAUUGUUGGGGGGAAAGUAGUGAUAUUAAUUUCUUUUAAGAGAUUGUAGUGUAUUUUUUUCUUUUGUAAUUUAUAUGUGUGGCUGUCGUUUUUGGUGGAAUAGAUGAACUGGAAUUUUCCAGAAAAAAAAGAUAUAUCCCA